AUGAAAGGACGUGUCCUCCUACUACGAGCGCCUGCGAGCGAUAGCGACGAUCGAUACGAACUAUGUCUGCGCGACAAGGGCUACGACCCGGUGUGCAUCCCGGUUCUCGAGACCGUGUUAUCGAACGGAGACGAACUCGCCGAUGCGGUCGAAGGCGGGCCUAACGGGAAAGAGUACGCCGGAGUGGUCAUCACGAGCGCCAGGGCUUGCGAAGCGUGGAAGCGGUCCGUCCGCCGGGUACUGGAGCGACGGGAGGUGGGCGGUGGUGGUGGUGGUGUGACCUGGACGUCUACCCCCUUCUACGUGGUCGGCGAAGCGACGAAAGCCGCGCUGUUGGACGUCGACGAAGACGUCCGCACGCGCGGUCGAGACUUGCUUCCGGAGGACGUCCGCGGGGCGCGGCAAGCGGGCACCGCCGAAACGCUCGCCCGCUUCGUCCUCGACGAUAUCGGCGGCGCGAGCGACGGGCCACGGAACCGGCGGCUGCUCUACCUGACCGGGGACAAAAACCGGGACGUGCUGCCGAAGAUCUUGGCCGAGGGCGGCUUGCAACUGGACUCGCUUCAAGUGUACGGGACUCGCGGAUCGUCGACGUUCCCGGCCGAUCUGGAUAGUGUCCUCGCCUCUAGCGACCCAGACUCCCGGCCUUGGUGGAUCGUGUUCUUCGCGCCCUCGUCCGCAGGAUACACCUUCCCCUUCCUCCAGCAACAUUUCGCCUUCGACGACGCCCCGACGCCUACGCUUGGACAGGCGCCAAGACGAGCUUUAGCUGCCGCGAUUGGCCCUACGACCACCGCGUUUCUCAAGGAUCAUCUACGUCUCUCUGUGGCGGUGGAAUCGCCGAAGCCGACCGCGGAGGAUCUGGCAGCUGCGAUCGCUGCAUACGAUGAAGCAGUUCAAUGA